CUAAGCCAUUUCUGUUUUUACAAGACUGCUUCACUUGGCGCUUGCUUCUGCUUGGGAUGAGAUGAUGGGAAUUGAUGGUGCAAUUUGGAGUCAGGUAUAACCCAGGAUCACUGACCAAGAAGUGAGGCUGUAACUUCAACUGAGAAGACGCUCUACGCUUACAGAGAUUUAUUUCCUUCCUUCCUUCUCUCAUUCUAACUUGUUUUUCCCACGAAGGGCCAAUCUGCCAAGUUUGGGAAGAGGGACCAAUGACUUGAAGUAUACAACUGUCACUCAGUGGCACGUCCCUUGUUUUUUGGCUAUUGGGAAAGUCCCUCCUUCCUGUGGCUGACUUUAGAGCCAUUUCGAAGUCUGCAUCACUUUCUCCAAAGAGACUGUAGCCUAGGUUCAGUACCUUUCUGACUUUGUACAGACUGCAUGUUCCCUGUUUGAUUUAAAAGAUUGCAAGAACCUAAAGCUGUGGAUUCUCCCUGCUCAUUCCAUCCUCCUGGCUGUAAAAACCCACUGCAGGUGCUGAAGAAUACAACUUCUGUCCACCAGACCCCAGAUGCACCCACUGGGCUUGUGUAAUAACAACGAUGAAGAGGACUUGUAUGAAUACGGCUGGGUAGGUGUGGUGAAGCUGGAACAGCCAGAGUUGGACCCGAAACCAUGCCUCACUGUCCUGGGCAAGGCCAAGCGGGCGGUGCAGCGGGGAGCUACUGCGGUCAUCUUUGAUGUGUCGGAAAACCCAGAAGCUAUUGACCAGCUAAACCAGGGCUCAGAAGACCCGCUCAAGAGGCCAGUGGUGUACGUGAAGGGUGCAGAUGCCAUCAAGCUGAUGAACAUUGUCAACAAGCAGAAAGUAGCUCGAGCGAGGAUUCAGCACCGCCCCCCUCGACAACCCACUGAGUACUUCGACAUGGGGAUUUUCCUGGCGUUCUUCGUCGUCGUCUCCUUGGUCUGCCUCAUCCUCCUUGUCAAAAUCAAGCUGAAGCAGCGACGCAGUCAGGUAAUACCUCGGAGCUGCCCACCAGCGCAGGUGCCCCGCCGCCUGUCCCUCGUGGAAACCAGGGUGGGGGCCCGAGCUCCACAGCCUGGUCCUGGUGACCUGGGCGCGGCAGAGAUGGAGGAAAAUGAGAGCAAAGCUUAUCACCCUAUGUCUUCUCUGUUCCAGAAGGGCCAGAACCACAAAGGCCGAGCACUGGGAGGGCUUCCAGCUAGGGGGUUUUCUCACAAAAUGCCUCAGCGUUCACGCGGAGCCCUAGAGCCUUGCUCCUCAGAUAUGACCCGGGCAGUAUCCCCUGGGAGCUUGGUAGAAAUGCAGACCCUCAAGCCAUACUCCAGACCUGCUGAGCCGGAAGCUGCAUCUUCCAAGCUGUCUGGACGAUUCCCAGUAAACAGAGUAGCCCCUUUCGUGCCCCAGUGGCACAUCACCGUGCUCGUAGGAGGGCAGGUUUGGGGGCAGAAGUUGAUGGCGGGGGUAGGUGGGAAUCUAGACGUGCCCCGUGUAGCGUGACCUCUCAGGAGACACAGUGGACGCCGACAGGCAAUCUGUCGGGAGGAUCGCCCACUGCUCGCCAAGUGAG